AUGUCGAACACAAUAGAUACGGCCAAGCUGGCCUUGAUCCCUCAAGGUGCAGCCUAUGGUCUGCUUAUCGGCCUUGGAGUGCUCUUCUGUGGUGUCAUCCUGUUAGCUGUCAAGGUUCAAAGAGCCUAUCUCUCUGAGGAUUCAGGGAAAUCCGAAAUGUUCAUGGUCGCCAAUCGAUCUGUUGGUACGGGUCUCACAGCUUCAGCAGUGUUUUCUUCAUGGAUGUGGAUCAACGAGACGGUCUUAGCAGCGGCGAUGUGCUACAGAUACGGAUUGGCACUUCCACUGUGGUGGGGCUCUGGUCUCUGCUUCCAGAUCGCAUUGAUGGCAGCCCUCGGUGUCAUGGCAAAGAUUCGGGUUCCAUAUGCACACACUUCCUUGGAGAUUGUGCGCAUGAGAUAUGGGAAAGUCGGACAUCUUGUGUUUGUUGUCCUCAAUUUGGUAAACAAUGUUUUCGGUUGCGCCUCUAUGAUCAUGACUGGGUCUCAGCUCAUCUACGGAGUCUCCGGUAUGAACUUUGUGGCAGCGACUAUUCUGAUUCCACUCGGAGUGGUCCUCUAUACAGCUGUUGGUGGUCUCAAAGCCACAUUCCUCACCGAUUAUCUUCACACUACCAUCGCCUUGAUUCUUAUCAUCUACUUCACCCUGGCUGUACUCACUAAUUCUGCGGUGGGUGGAUUGAGUGGACUCUACGACAAGGUGGUUGCUACUGCGGGAGAAAACUACAUCUCCGGUAACUAUGACGGCUCAUUGCUCACCUUCAAGUCAAAGGGAGCCAUCAUCUGGGGCUUGAUCUUGAAAUUUGGAAACUUGGCUUUGGUUGUCAUGGACACCGCAUUCUGGCAAAAGUCCUUCGCAACAGAGGUUCGCGCCACAGUCCCUGGAUACAGUAUUGCUGCGAUCGCGGUGUUUGGUAUUCCGUGGGGUCUAGGAACGGUCAUCGGGCUUGCAGCCCGCGCAAUCCACAAUACGCCUAUCUUUCCAACUUACCCCGGUGACCUCACUUCGACCGAGGUGAGCAUGGGCAUGGUCAUGCCUUAUACACUGAAAGCUCUGCUUGGCGACAAAGGGAUAAUCGGGUUCUUUUUCCUUCUAUUUAUGGCUCUCACCAGCACCGUUUCGUCAUCUAUGAUUGCCGUGAGCAGCAUCCUCUCUUACGACAUCUACAAGACCUACCUAAACCCCAAAGUGACCGACAAGAAACUGGUACGCGUCAGCCAUUUGACAGUGGUCAUUCACGGUAUCUUCAUAACGGGUAUCUCUAUCGCGAUGAACUACGGCGGAGCGAACAUGACCUGGAUUAACUACCUGCGACCGGUCAUCUCAUGCCCUGGUAUCAUUCCGCUUAUUCUGACACUCUUCUGGUCGCGUCAAACCCGUCUCGCUGCCAUUGUGGCUCCCAUCUUAGGGUUCUUUACAGGACUUGCUGUUUGGUUAGCAACAGCAAAAUCAAUGUAUGGGGCUGUUAACAUCGAUACAACGUCCAACGAGUAUCCCGCUCUCUAUGCAGCUAUUGCAUCCUUCUUCUCGCCGGCCCUUUAUUCAGUCUUGUUGUCUCUCUAUAAUCCUUAUCAAUUUGACUGGCGUGAGUUCCUCCGCAUCGAACUGACUGAUGAGGCACAGCUUCACGCUGCAUCAGAUACCAGCACACUCAACGAGGGUGUUGAAUCCAAUGAAGAAGAUCCAUCGAGUGCUCUGAAACAUCCCAAGAGCUUGGUGAACUCUAUGCCUGCCACUAUCCAGUCAGAACCCAAACAUGACCUGAGCCCAGAGCGCAUUCAUGCCCUUGCAGAAAAAUCAAGCCCUACGACAUCCCCAUCCAUAUUUACACUCCAACUCAGCCUCGAUGAUAUCCAACAUCCCUUUGAUGACGCAACGCUGAAAGAGCUCCAUAAAUGGCUCAAAGUUGCAUGCGUUUCGUUCGUGGUGCUCUUCCUGGUCACCGUCGUCGUUUGGCCACUUCCACUGUACCGGGACUACAUUUUCACGAAGUCGUUCUUCUCUGGGUGGACAACAGUUGCUAUCAUCUGGCAGUUUGGCGCAUUUGGUGCGGUUGUGAUCUACCCGCUUUAUGAUGGAAGGCACGCAAUUGCAACGGGAGCUCGGGGAAUUUGGAACGCUUCUAUGAAAUUCUUCAAUUGGGGUCCACAGUCUGGUUCUGGAAACUAG